UGCAAUUGCCAAUAGUGGCAAUCCUGUCUAACAGUAACACCAUGACGCUAGUCAUGACGGCUGUAGAAGAGUUAUGGUGUGAAAAUGGCUUGGAAAUAUGUCAGCCAUAGUUUAUUAAUGAAAUCAAUUUUUUUUAUAUGAGAUGUUGCUUAAAUAGGAGGAAUUAUGUGUAAUCUCCUAACAUCAGUUAUGGAGACUAAAGUAACAAGUAAGACCAGCAGUUUGAAAGCUCUUUUGUUACGAGCAUGGAGAGAACGUUGGAGUGAUUUACAAUGGGGUAUUAACAUUAAAACUAUUUUACCUAGAGGUGUUAGUGGAGAUGUAUAUAAUUUAGCAGACUGCAUAUUGCAGCAAGCAUUAGUAGGACUUGGACCAAAUCAAUUAGUAUUAUCAUACCUAAAACAUUCUUUAAGUUCUCAGUUGGUCUCCUAUGCCGCUGUAUUACAAAGAAUAAGCAAAUAUGAUGCAUUUCAUAAACCCCAUUGCAUUCUAAGUCUUUUAGAAUUUUUAGAAUCUAUUCAAAUAGGAAUUACAUGCCGUGGUAAGCCAGAGGAAGAUCUUUUGGCUGCUGCAGUAUUAUCCAUAGUUAAUUGGUUACUACAAUGUUAUUUACAUACUCUAACAAAAAUGCCUCAAAAUAAUCCAUUAACUCCACAACCAACAGAAUUGAUGGAUAAACCUGCCAGUAUAUUAAAACAGAUGCUUAGUUCUGAUUUCCUGUGUGCUAUGAUGUACUUAGCAAAAUAUGAUGAUAAAGAUUUGUACAUAGAAGUUGUAAAAAAGUGCCAAGAGAUUGAGGCUCUGUUGAAAACUAGUAGCCUAAAGUCUUCUAUUCAAAUUGAAGAUUCUUUAAAAAAAUUGUGCAAUUUAGAGGAUGAUUGUUUAACUUUAUCUCCUGAAAUGUCACAAAUGGAAUCUAUAACUCAUUGCCUGCAACCUUUGUUUGCUGUUCAAGUGUUAUUAAAUCCUAGCACAGAAACUUCUGUAUUUGUUAAUCAGAUGCUGAUGGUCCAAAGACUUAAAAAUUAUACAAAUACAAGAUUAUAUUGCGAAAUAAUCCGCGCGUGUUUAAUGUGCUUACACAAUGUUACGAGUACAAUCAAUGAAUCGCAAUGGGGUGCUUUUACCUUUUUAAAAGUACCUCUUAUAUUAAAAGAAUUACAUGUAGCACAUUCAAAUGCAGAUGAUAAAUUAGAAUAUUCACAAGAUAUUCUAGAUGCAUUCGAAUUAUUACUCCAAUUCACUCCACUUCUCGAUAUAGUAGAUACUGCGUGUUCUUGUAAUAGUGUAGAGUGUUUGCUUAAUGCUCUGCAAAAAGUAAACUUAGUCACAGAAAAGCAAACUAAACAUUUAAGUAGCAGAAGAGAAGGUGUUACCGCGAAUUUACAAAAAUUAGAAAUUUCUAUAGCCACAUCUUCAAUUCCUAAAGUAAUCGUACGUGCAGAGCCGACUUUAUCAGGUAUUUUAAAAACUCUUAAUGCAGAUUACACAAAGAUUCACGAGGCAUUGCUUAGCAUGUUAUAUCAAGUUUUAACGGGAAACAGUUUUGAACUUAUAUUGGCAGUAGCUACUGUAGAAGGAAAACUUAAAACUUUUGUUACCAAAUUAAUUAAGUUCAAUGAAUGCAGUAAGCAAAUUAAUGAACCUGUUCCACCAAAGACUGCAGCAAAAAGAGCGAUGUUAUUCGAUAUAUCAUUUCUUAUGCUAUGUUCUAUAGUGCAAACUUAUGGAUCUGAUGCUGUAUUAGAAGAAGGAGAAGGAGAUUCCUUUUUUGAACAAUGGGUACGUGAAUAUAUGCCCGAACGAAAUCAACCAAAGUCUCCCCAAAAAAUGUUACAAAAUAUUGAUCCUGCCAGAGUAGAUGCAUUAUUAGCACAAAUCAAUUCUCCGGAUCCUGAUUUGAAAUCUAGCAAUAUAAAGUGGCAUAUCGCGUGUCAAUCUGCUAUGGGUGCUGUAAAAGAGCUUCUCUGUGCGUGGGAAAGCGAUGUACUUGGAGCAAGUGAUGUUAAAAGAGCUCUGGAUGGUUUACGUGCAACUGCUUGCUGUUUACCAGUCUGUGCAGCAGCUUGGCUUUGUGCACAUAUGAGCAUUACUCAUCAAGAUGCUCUUUUAAAACCUUUGAAUAUGGUGCAACAUUUCUUAACACCACUCCCUGGCGAUGAAAUGCAGGAUAAUCUCAAAGAAUUUUUGCCUCUUAGAUCAAGUUUGAUGUCACAAAUCAUUCGCAAAAUGCAAUAUGAUGUUCAUCCUCCUACCCAAUCGAAAACGAAAGUGCUUUCAAUGUCUCACAGUAUUAUAUCAAGACAACCUAUAUUAGAACAAUUGGAAACUGUAUGGGGAAGCAUAAAUCAGCGAGGUUGGAUAAAUAUUCAAGCGACACAAUCUUUAGAAUCUUUAUUAAAUACUGGUGGUUCUUUAUGGUUCGUAACAAAUAUAGUAAAAGAAGUAUUGAAAUAUCGGUACCAAGAGGAACUGGAUCAAGCAGUAGAUUUAGCGUUUGCCAUUUUUCAUCUUGAUAUCGAAAACUGUACCUUAGAUCUCAUCAACCAUAUCAUUCCACAAUAUUUAUAUAACUCGUUACAAAGCGAAGAACUCGUAGAACCACAAUCCUCAGUGUUAGCAAAGUUAUGCGUAUAUUGUAUAUUUUCUACAUUAGAAUACAAUAAUUCGAGUCCCUCUCGAGGAAACAAUAGAAAACGAGUACGUCGGGAUUUAGAUGCGGAAGAACUUGAUGCUCUUGGUGUACCUGCGAAUAAAAUUUUACGAUUAAACGAAGCUGGAGAUACCAAUCCUAUAUUUGGCUCACAAAGUCCACAAGCUCAAGGAUCGACUAAUGGACAGAAAUCAGUUAUAUUGAGAGAUCCUCUUCUGUCAGCACUAAAUGGAUUGUUUACUAUAUUCACGUUCCUAGCUGGUAGAGAUGGUGAAGUGUCUCAACAGACUCAUUUUAUACUUCAAUUUCUACGUUUAAUGGUACAAUGUGGAAAAGAUAGGACUCGUAUUGUAUUACAGGGAAUGCCGCAAACAUUGGUACCUUGCCUUUUGAAAGCAUUACCCGAAUUGUUUACAACUGAUAUUCUACUAAGGUUUUACGAUAUUCAGACAGCAGUUGGAAGAAAAGCAACGGCACGUGACUUGUGCAUGCUGAGAAAUAUCAAUCUAAAACCUUCGAAAUAAUUUUAGAUGGAUAUUUAAUUUAAACAAUAGUGAGAUAUUGAUUGUAUAAUUAUUUUCAAAUACAUGAAUUUAAUAGGAAAUUAA